UUGCAGAUCUGUUAUGUUUGCGUGUGUGCUUGAGAUGCCCUAAGUCAUCCUAGCAUACGCUUAGUGCAAGCGGUAUGUGUACGGUGCAGAACAUGUUCUUCCUACAUACAUCAAUGAAACACCGUUAGUGUUGCAGUGCCGUUGCAUUUUAUUGAGAUUGUCAGAUAUCGGGAGGGAUUUUCUUUUAUUGUCUCUCAGUCCUCAUAUACACCAUUCGGUGGGAUUUGUUACUACCGAGGGCAUCCAGACCAGUGGCCAAAGGGGAUUUUGGUCUGGUCCAUCUUUUUGUGUCUAGCUAUUUCUUUUAUACUGUGUACAAUUUGUAUACUAAAACAUGGCAAGCGACUCUCCGGCUCGAAGUCUGGAUGAAAUAGACCUCUCUGCACUGAGGGACCCUGCUGGGAUCUUUGAGCUGGUGGAGCUAGUGGGUAACGGGACAUACGGACAGGUGUACAAGGGCCGCCAUGUCAAGACAGGCCAGCUCGCCGCCAUCAAGGUCAUGGAUGUCGCCGGGGACGAGGAAGAGGAGAUCAAACAGGAGAUCAACAUGCUGAAGAAGUACUCGCACCACCCCAACAUCGCCACCUACUACGGCGCUUUCAUCAAGAAGAACCCGCCGGGAAUCGACGACCAGCUGUGGCUGGUGAUGGAGUUCUGUGGCGCUGGCUCUGUGACAGAUCUGAUCAAGAACACCAAGGGGAACUCGCUGAAGGAGGAGUGGACAGCCUACAUCUGCCGGGAGAUACUCAAGGGUCUGACGCACCUCCACCACCACAAAGUUAUCCACCGAGACAUCAAGGGCCAGAAUGUCCUGCUCACAGAAAAUGCAGAAGUCAAAUUAGUGGAUUUCGGGGUGAGCGCCCAGCUGGACCGGACCGUCGGCCGCAGGAACACGUUCAUCGGCACGCCGUACUGGAUGGCGCCCGAAGUCAUCGCCUGCGACGAGAACCCGGACGCCACGUACGACUUCAAGAGCGAUCUGUGGUCCUUAGGAAUCACAGCCAUCGAAAUGGCAGAAGGAGCUCCACCCCUCUGUGACAUGCACCCAAUGAGGGCCCUGUUUCUGAUCCCCCGAAAUCCAGCGCCCAGACUCAAGUCCAAGAAAUGGUCCAAGAAGUUCCAGUCCUUCAUCGACAGCUGCCUGGUGAAGAACCACGGGCAGCGGCCCAGCACCGAGCAACUCAUUAAGCACCCUUUCAUCUGGGAGCAGACCAACGAGAGGCAGGUCCGCAUCCAGCUCAAGGACCACAUCGACCGCACUAAGAAGAGGAGAGGGGAGAAGGAUGAGACUGAGUACGAGUACAGUGGGAGUGAGGAAGAGGAGGACGGGGGCGAUAUGGGGGAGCCCAGCUCCCUGAUCAACAUCCCUGGGGAGUCCACUCUGAGGCGGGACUUCCUGCGCCUGCAGCUGGCCAAUAAGGAGCGGUCCGAGGCCCUGCGUAGGCAGCAGCUGGAGCAGCAGCAGAACGAGGAGCACAAGCGCCAACUACUGGCCGAGAGGCAGAAGCGCAUCGAGGAGCAGAAGGAGCAGAGGCGGAGACUGGAGGAGCAACAGCGUCGGGAGCGCGAGCUGAGGAAGCAGCAGGAGCGGGAGCAGCGCCGGCGAUAUGAAGAGAUGGAGCAGCUCAGGAGGGAGGAGGAGAGGAGACAGGCAGAGCGUGAGCAGGAGUAUAUCAGGCGGCAGCUGGAGGAGGAGCAGAGGCAGUUAGAGAUCCUGCAGCAGCAGCUCCUACAGGAGCAGGCUCUUCUUCUGGAGUACAAGCGGAAGCAGCUGGAGGAGCAGAGGCAGGCAGAGCGGCUCCAGAGGCAACUCCAGCAGGAGCGGGCGUACCUGGUGUCUCUCCAGCAGCAGCAGCAGCAGCAGCAGCAGGACUCCCGCCCAACAGACAAGAAACAGCUCUACCACUACAAGGACGCUGUCAACCCCAAUGACAAGCCAGCCUGGGCCAAGGAGGUCAUGAGGCAGCCCCAAAGUAACUGCCCUCGCCCUUCGGUGCAGAAGCAUUCCUCCUUCCAGGAGCGCAGGCAGGCCCCCCCAUCCCAUCUCCUCCCCCGCCAGCACGCCCCCCGCAGGGCAGGCUCCCACCCCACUAAACUGCCUUCCUCCUGCAGCAUCCCAAAAAUACACGUCUCCUCCGAGCUGGACGUGCAGGAACUGUCCCGCAAGAUCAACGAGCACGUCCUGGAGCUGAAGGCCGAGCGGGCCCAGGCCGACGCACGGGGGCGCAACCUCACAAAAGCCCACGAAGCGGUGGAAGAGCGUUCCAAACUGAAUCGGCAGAGCUCCCCGGCGCUCCAGCACAAAGUCGCCAACCGGAUAUCGGACCCAUCCCUACCUCCGCGGUCCGAGUCUUUUAGCAGCGGUGGGAUCCAGCCGGCCCGCACCCCACCCAUGCACCGUCCCGUGGAGCCACAGAUGGCCCAUCUGGUCCCAGUGAAAUCUCACAGCCCCUCCAUGUCAGGCUCGCAGUCCCUACAUGACCAGUCCGCCAAGGGCGUGUCUGCCUUCCAGGAGGGCCUGGCAUCCCAUCGGCCGGAGAUGCCUCGCCAAAACUCGGACCCCACCUCGGAGACACCCACGCCACCGCCCCGCAUCACCAGCCGCGAGGACAAGUUUGAGCGCAGCUCCUGGCUGAGACAGGAGGAUGACAUUCCCCCCAAAGUACCGCAGCGGACCACCUCCAUCUCCCCAGCCCUGGUAAGGAAGAACUCUCCGGGGAACGGCGGAGGCCUGGGGCCCAUUACGGGCUCUCAGCUCAUCCGAGCCAGUAACCCGGACCUGCGCAAGACGGACGUCUCCAUGGAGACGGUGCUCCAGAGGACCAGCAGCGGGGGGUCUUCCAGCUCCAGCACGCCCAGCUCCCAGGGGGGGUCCCAGCCCAGCUCACAGGCGGGGUCCAGCGAGAGGACACGGGUCCGAGGGUCCAGUAAGGGUGAGGGGUCCCCCACGGUACCCCAGGAGCUCCCCAAACCCAAGCAGGAGGAGGGCAGAGAGGCCCCUCGGCCUAGCCGGCCCGCGAGCUAUAAGAAAGCCAUAGAUGAGGAUCUGACCGCCUUAGCCAAAGAGCUGAGGGAGUUACGGAUCGACGAGACGAACCGCCCGCCCAUCAAGGUGACAGACUACUCCUCCUCCAGCGAGGAGUCGGAGAGCAGCGAGGACGAUGACGGCGAGAACGAGGCGCAGGACGGCACGGUGCCCGUCAGCGACAUCCCGCGAAUCAUGCCCUCCGUCCAGGGAGGCAACGAGUCGUAUGGCUUGAUAGGCAGCCAUGACGACUCCCAAGGUGACUCCUAUGGAAACGGAUCCAAGGACGGCACCCUGAUGAUGAGAGAGACGCUCGCUGAGAGGAAGCGCUCGGGCCACGCAGAGAGCAACGGCUUCGCCGGCCACGGCAACCUGCCGGACCUGGUGCAGCAGAGCCACUCCCCCUCCGGAACUCCCACCGAGGGCCUGGGACGGCUCUCCAGCCUGCACGCGCAGGACAUGGACUCCAUCGGCGAGUACGGGAUGGGAAGUGGCUCGAAAGCCUCCUUCACGCCAUUUGUAGACCCCCGAGUGUACCAAACCUCUCCCACGGAUGAUGAUGAUGAGAACUCAGCUGCAGCCCUUUUUGCCAACGAGUUGCUGAGGCAGGAGCAGGCCAAGCUGAACGAGGCACGCAAGAUCUCGGUGGUCAACGUCAACCCCACCAACAUCCGGCCCCACAGCGACACACCAGAGAUCCGCAAGUACAAGAAGCGCUUCAACUCGGAGAUCCUCUGUGCCGCUCUCUGGGGGGUGAACCUGCUGGUGGGGACAGAAAACGGGCUGAUGCUGCUGGACCGUAGCGGUCAGGGGAAGGUCUACAACCUCAUCACCAGGAGGCGCUUCCAGCAGAUGGACGUCCUGGAAGGCCUUAAUGUCCUGGUCACCAUAUCAGGAAAGAAAAACAAACUGAGGGUGUACUACCUGUCCUGGCUGCGGAACAGGAUAUUGCACAAUGACCCAGAGGUGGAGAAGAAGCAAGGCUGGAUCACUGUGGGAGAGCUGGAAGGCUGCGUCCACUACAAAGUUGUGAAAUACGAGAGAAUCAAAUUCUUGGUGAUCGCCCUGAAGAACUCUGUGGAAAUUUACGCGUGGGCGCCGAAGCCGUACCACAAAUUCAUGGCUUUCAAGUCUUUCACAGAUCUCCAACACAGACCCCAGCUGGUGGACCUGACAGUGGAGGAAGGGCAAAGGUUAAAGGUGAUCUUCGGGUCCAGCAUCGGUUUUCAUGUGAUUGACGUGGAUUCCGGAAACCCAUACGACAUCUACAUCCCAUCCCAUAUUCAGAGCAAUAUCACCCCGCACGCCAUUGUGGUGCUCCCCAAGACCGAUGGGAUGGAGAUGCUUCUGUGUUACGAAGAUGAAGGGGUCUAUGUGAACACGUAUGGCAGAAUCACCAAAGACGUGGUGCUCCAGUGGGGGGAGAUGCCCACCUCUGUCGCUUACAUUCACUCCAACCAGAUCAUGGGGUGGGGAGAGAAGGCCAUUGAGAUCCGGUCCGUGGAGACGGGACACCUCGACGGAGUUUUCAUGCACAAGCGGGCUCAGCGACUGAAAUUCCUCUGUGAGAGGAACGACAAGGUGUUCUUUGCCUCCGUUCGAUCCGGGGGCAGCAGCCAAGUCUUCUUCAUGACCCUCAACAGGAACUCUAUGAUGAACUGGUAAUGUUCCAGGGCAACUCAUCCCAGUGCGUGGUCCUUUCAGAGUUACACAUGCAAACCUAUGGUACAAUUUGACACUGAUGACAAGAACAAGGAGGGGGAAAAAAAAGAAAACAAAGAAAGAAGCGCUUUAGAUCCAGACCUGGAGCUUGUGUAGAGGAGGAGAGGUCACCACCCUCUACCGUCUGGAGAGUCGGGGAAGCAACCAGAUGGAGUGACAUGCCAUUCUCCACUGUGGAAACGCUCCUUAGAGAGGGGGGGUUGGGGAGGAGGGGCCGAGAGACCAGCCACGCCCUUCCCUGCGGGCCUGGGCUUUUCACAAGGGCUUCCGAAGAGGCGCUUCGCUUUUUCUUUGUCACCUUCUGUUGCGGCAUCUGUUACGGCGGCCGGGAUUGGCCGGCCUGCAAUCACACCGUCUGCCCGCAGACUUGGCCGUUUCCAGUCACAAACCACAGACGUCACCCUGUGGGACUUAAUAAUGACUGCGCAACGCAGCAGAACCUCACCUGAUACAAUCUGUGAAUCAACCUGUAUUUUUUUUUUGUCCCUCUCUCUGACUGAGCCUGACCUGACCACCGCCGGACGUCGUAGAUGUCUUUAGACUGUUAUGGAGAACCCCAGUCAUCCAGACUGAAGUCCACAGCCAUUGCAGCCAGGAACUCAGUGGUUUUCAUUCACAGCACCAGGUCUUACCAGCAAAACGUCUUUGUUUCGUAGAGGGGUGUUUUGGGUUCAGUCAUCAGUCAUACCCUUUGGUUGGAGGAGAGGUCAGAUCAUUACCAAUAUUACCAAUGUAACAACAUGGAGGUCAACAUGGAACCUUAGAGUUCAAUGGCUUUUGUGCUGGGUGCUCAGUCUUUGUUGUGAACAGCAGCCCAGGUGGUCACUGCUGAUGGUAAUUUUGGCCCCCACUCCCCACCCCCACCCCCCAUGAUGUCUUCCCCAGUGUCACCUGUAGAUAUCUACUAGGCUCUGUAAAAUAGUUUCAACCCUGGUUUACAUAAACCGGUCAGAAAAUCUUUGUAACAUUCAUUUUUUUCUUUUUUUGAGGAUUUCAUGUUUUGCUAAGAUUAGCUACAGACGUGGCCACCUGGUUGUUGCAACAACAAGGACAAAAAACCUGACUUAAAUUCUUUGUCGCUCUUCCUAUUAUUAACCUACCUCGUUUUUUGUUUUUUUUCUUUGCCGGGGUAAUUUGAAUCGUGCUUUGCAUUAUUUAGUAAAUGUGUGCCUCAGUUUGAUGAGAUAAUGUCACUUUAGCCAGGCCCUCAUGCAUGUCGGAUAAAUUUGGGUCCCUUUCAGGCUGGCAGGUCAUGGAAACAGGACAGCCCAGAAAGGCUACUUUGCAAAGCAAGAGACGAGAUCAGGGCUUAGGCUUGUCAAUUUUACUGUGAACAGCACCAACCCCUUCUUCACUGUUAAGCCUUUAAACACUAAGGGUGCUGUAUCAGUUAAACUGGAAGAAUGAUAAAACAAUAUUAGAAACACCUUGAAUUGUCCUGAGUACAUCUUCCACACUUUGCUGUCUGUCUAAAUCGUUCUUUUGUGAGAAUUAUUUGAUUUUGUAGUUUCAAAACUAAUCUGAUUUGUACAAUGGUUUGAAAGCUGAAGAGAGGUGUGAGGGUUGUAUGCUUGACUGGUAAUAGUGGAUUAUGUGACAAUGGAGUGUGCUCUGUUUUUCUAUGGAGCAACUGAAGCCAGGAUGUCCAACGAGACAAAUGUCCAGUUCUUGAACUUCAGAUACUUUUUGUGCAGAAUCAAUAAGUGUAAAAUUCCAUUGUACAGUUUUAAGAAUAACAUUUAAGAUUAUUUUGUUUCUUUCUAUUUUCACCCAUUUUCCAGUCUCCUAACAGUUAAGGAUGUUUAUUGUACAGAGUAUAGCAUGUUGUAAGAUGAGACGGAGACCAAUUGAUAUUCAAUUAUUAAUUCAGCAGCUUUGAAUAUUUAGUUUUAUCAUUGGAUGUCAACACUGUGUUACACCAUAUCUCUCUUCUGUGAGAUGCAGGAUUUUACUUAAAACUACUGAGAAAAAUGAGUCUCCAGAUGAACAAGCUAACAUCUAGAAGAGCUAACAUGAUGUUCUCUGGUGAGAAAUUUAUGAAAAAAAUUGCCUGUGUAUUUCUCCAUAUGUGUUUGUCUUGUGCUGAAUGUUACAUUUUCUUACAUUUGUGACACUGACACUUCCUGAAAUCAGUUGUUUGAUUAGUGAAUUCCUUUAGACAGAAGGGGCAGAAGGUUCGACCAUUUUGUUUUAAUCAAAAAUUUUAAAUUUAAUGAGAACACAACAGAACAUUUUGAUUCCUACCUUGUGCGCAAAGCACUACACGUUCAUCAGUGCUUGUACCUGUGGGAAAAAAAAUCACCUGUACAUUCCCAGGAUCAGCUGGCAACCAAUGGGGAUCCACUGUCACACCCCUAAGAAAAAUUACUGUCCUGUGUACUUGAGGCCUACAAAUCCCAGAAUCCCUUGUUGCCAAAAUAGACAGGAUUCCACAAGACCAUAUCUCCCUGCUGCCAAUGGUUUUAUUCACACCUUUAAUUUUGUCAUUGUGUACUUCUGGUGUGUUAAAAAAAGAAACCCGAAGACAGUUUGUUUGGUUUACGAAAGCACUCUUGUUGGACCUCCUGGGGUUUGAAAGUUUCUGAACGCUAUUAAAUGUAGAGCACAUCAUGGUUGUCUAAAAAUAAGUGCUGUGCCAUACUUAUGUAUCAUGAUUUUGUAUUUUUUUAUGUUUAGGGUUUCUGUGUAGGUUUAUUUCCUGUCAACGUUUGUAGUAACAGUUUGGGAAGGAAAAAUCAUUUUAAUGCUAAUAGAGGCAUUUUAUGAUGGGUCACUGGUAAUGUUUGCACAGUAUAGAUAUUUAUAUUUGAGACGUAAAUAAAUAAACGAUUAAUUCAGAUAUUGUUCUCUCGGGGGAAGGGAGGGUGGGGUGGGUGCGACCUUCAAAACAGGGUUUUAGCAAUAAACUACUGCUGUCUAAAUUGAUUUCUUUUUGUUUGUUUGUUUUGUCCUGGUGGGAAUACUGUGUGAGCCAGUGGAGAAAAUCAACGGGCACUUCACAAUUCACUGGCCUUUGCUUUGAGGCGAUGAUACUUUUAUAAAGACAGCGCAGGCUUUGAAACAGAACAUGGUCGAUGGUUGUAGCUUACUUUACACUUGGACUCACAUCUGUUGACUUAUUUCAAGCGGUGUCACAGUUUGUUUUCAGAUGACAAGCAUUAGUAUCGUCCUGUUUUUGUUUUGUUUUCUAAAAAAAGAAUAAUAAAAAACUGCUGUGGUACCUGAA